UGCAGUCUGCGGGUGCGCUGGGGCGGGCGGCCGUUGUUCGCAGUUCGCACAGUUCGCGUAAAGUCGCCAUGGAGCGAGAGCGUAUACCGUGGUAUUGGCAGGCGCGCACCGCGGUGCUGCUCGCUUUGCCCGUUCUGCUCACGGGCAUGUAUGGAACCAACUAUGUUUUCCUCGCAGCCCACACGCCACACAGAUGUGUAGUUCCUGAGUGCGAGGGUGGGGAUGGGGUUGACGGGAGACCGGAGAGCGCCGUUUGGGCGCACGCGACGAGAGCGUGGGGCGAGUGGGCGCUGUUGCCCGACGAGCCCUGCCACCGGCCGAGGCCUCUCACCACCCAUUGCCGAGACGCCACUGCCUUCGACAACACCACGCUCCUGCCUUGCGACCGUCACCUCUAUAGCCAUAGCGCCACUAUAGUCUCAGAGUUCGAUUUGGGGUGCCAAGAGUGGAAGCGCACGUUGGUGGGAACGAUACACAAUGUGGGUAUGCUCGUCUCGCUGCCGAUCAUGGGAUACGUCUCGGACAGGUGGGGCCGACGGGCGGCGUUGGUGGGGAGCGGCGCGGGCGCUGGGCUCUUUGGCCUGGCAAAGUCCUUUGUCACGUCCUACCCGACCUAUCUCGUUAUGGAAUUUUCUGAAACUGUCUUCGGAGCCAGCGUCUAUCCGGCUGCGUUUGUACUCAUGAUCGAGUGGCUUGGAGUAGAGCAAAGGAUUUUAGCGAGUUUGCUGCUGGGCGUGCCUCUAGCCGCGGGGGCGGCCUCGCUGGCGCUACUAGACUACGUCGUGGGUUAUUGGCGCACCUGGGCGCGCUUCGCCUACCCGCCCUCGUUUCUGCUACUACUUUACCCUUGGCUGUUGCCUGAGAGCAUGCGCUGGCUGGUCGCCAAGGGAAGAAUCAGCGAAGCGAUUGAAACUAUCAAGAGAGCCACCCGAGGGAAUAAAUCCGAUUUUUCCGAGGAGACGAUACAUAGAAUGUUAGCGACGGAUCUAGUGACCGAGAAGGUGGAGGUCGUCGUCGAAGAAGAGAGCUUAUUCAGAGCGUUCAUAAAGUACGGUGCGUUACGACGUCGCUUAGGCGUGUGCUUCGCGUGGUGGGCGUCCGGCGUAUUUGUGUUCUACGGGCUGGCCGUGCGCGCUCAUGCGCUCAGCGGAUCGCCCCACGGGAAUUACGCGCUUCUGGCGGCCGCCGAGUUGCCUGCGCUACUGCUCAACACGCUGCUGCUGGAUCGCGUGGGUCGUCGUCCGCUUCUCACCGCCGCCUUCUUGCUCACGGCGCUGGCGUUGACCGUCAUCCCGUUGUUGCCCGAGGGCAGCGUGGCGGGCACGGUGUUGUUCCUGGCGGGCAAGAUGGGCGCGACCAUGGCACUCAAUGCACUCUACGUGUACACGGCGGAGCUGUUUCCCACACGCGCCCGCCAGCGCCUGUUAGCUGCCUGUUCGACCUGCGGCCGAUUCGGCGCCAUUCUAGCGCCUCAGACACCAUUGCUUGCGGCGUACGGGGCGUGGGUGCCGACUUCGGUGCUGGGCGCCUUGCCGUUGCUGAGUGCAGCGCUGACGCGGCUAGUGCCUGACACACUGGGCCGGAGGCUUCCCGACAGUUUUGCCGAUCUCGGCUCCAGCGCUACCGACCUCUCCGACCUGCCCUGACCGUUUAUUUCUUUGGAAUUGCCGCCGUCGAGUUUCGUGGGUUGGGCGGCGUCGGGUCACGCUCACUCCUAAAUUCAGAGUUUUUAUUAAAAAUUAGAUGUAAGAGCCGCGGUAACUUCUAUGAGAACCCGCACGAGACUUCUCAUUCCUUCUAAGAAGAUCUGACGAGAUGUUUUCUUGAUACGCACGGGGUCAGAUAUGAAUUCGGUAAUGUGAUUACGAAUUUUUUAAAAUUAUGCGCCUAGGGCUAAUGAGUGAUAGCUUUCUACGAAGUAGGAAGUCUGUAAGUUUUACUUAUAUUGUAAGUCGUUAGUUUAAUUUGCACUUGAUUUGAAUGUACCGGCUGCUACAGUCGAAAGUGUACAAUUUGUGGAAUAAAAUUAAUAUAUUGUAGUAAAGUUGGAAGAAAGCAAAUAGGUAGAAGUGUAAAAGUGUAGUAGCUUAUAAGAGGAUUAAAUAGAAUAUCGACAC